UCAGCUGGGAAAAUUUCAUAACCUGGCAUCGUGGGUGUGUGCUUGUUUAAAUUGAAAACUCUUAAAGAAAAAUGAGGAUUACAAAUAAGCUAUAUGCACAGCAUAUUGGAUGGCAUUUUAAGAAGCACUGGCAGGUGCAAGGGAGACGUGUGCCCAGGGAUACAGGUGCUGCUGCUGAGCUUUUAAAGAUGGGAAUUCAAGUUAAAACACCUGACGAACUGUUAAAUGAAAAGAAAGAGUUCCAACUGGUUGAUAUUGUUGAAACAGUCCCAAAGCCAAUCGCUGAGGACGAAAAUCAUCCGAAUUGGCAUACAACUGCGUGUCAUAUGUUUAAGGACAACAACGUUCUACUUGGAGGAUUGCAACAAGCACAGGUUCUAACAAAUACCAUAGAGAUAAAUAGCUUCCCACAACAAAUAGAGGACGCAAUUUCAAAUGGCCAAUAUUCUAAGGUUGUAGAUCGUAAUGUUCAAAAUGCAAUUUUCUCAUCUCAUUUGCUGGAUGCGCAGCAAGUCAAAUUGCCAAAGAUAAAACUUAUUGACAGACCGGCAUAUAACCUACCGCGCCUCUACGGGAUCUCUCACGAAAGACGAAAUCGUCUCGUUAUAAACAAACUCUUGUUUGAAAUCGAGAAAUUAGCUGGAAGGUCUGUAAAUGUUAAACGGAAGCUAAUGGAUAAUGUAACAUUUCAAACAUCAUUAUCCAAAGAUAAUGAUUUGCUCAGCUUUAUACUUAGCGGAGAUAAAUUAAUAAGCUCUUCUCGGGCCUUGGACGCUGUCAAGGGGAAAUUUGAUGGCGAAUUACCCGAUUUGUACCCGAUGAAAUGUGUAGUUUCAAUACCAAAACGGCAUAUUUAUACGGAAAACAACUUCUAUCCUAUUCGGUCUGAAAUAAGCUGCUCACAUCCCCAUACAAUUGUGUCUUUCUUUGAUAAAGCAAUUGUGGGCAACAUACACGGAUCCGAUGUAUCGAAAACUCAAUUCUAUGGACGUUCUAUGCUUAAAGCUUUUGUGGCAGCUGCUGCUCGUGCUAAACAAAUUAACGGAAUCACUUUCUGUUCGGAUCUGCAAAAACCUGUUGUUGUACAAUGCGUCCAUACCGACGGACGAGAGUUUCAUUUUGGAGUAUUUCAACUUAACACGCUUAAUCUGGACUCGACUAAUACAACGAAAAACUAUUGGUUCCAUCGAGGCAGUAUAGAAAUGUUUAAUAAUUGUUCUUAUAAAACUGGUAGACCACAUAUAGAUGGGUAUAACAGCGAACCUUUUCGUAUUUUAAAUGCCUUUUAUAAUAGCUCUUAAAAUAUACAACUUUUCAUUCAA